CAGGGGUUUUCAAAAUCAACGAAUCCACCCGCCAUAAGUUUUGAUUAUAUAGUUCAUCAACUUUUUUAAGAAAUAGGUUUUGCAGUGUUAAUCAUGUCGGAAUCUCUUCUUGCUGAGCAGCCCUAUAGGACGGCGUUUCACUUCCAGCCUCCGCAAAACUGGAUGAACGAUCCUAAUGGGCCAAUGUGCUACAAUGGAGUAUACCACAUGUUCUAUCAAUAUAACCCUUUUGGCCCACUCUUCAAUUUACGAAUGCAUUGGGCACAUUCCGUAUCACGCGACUUAAUCAACUGGAUCCAUCUAGACCCGGCCUUUGCUCCAUCCGAACCUUUCGACAUCAAUGGUUGCUUGUCUGGUUCUGCUUCCAUCAUCCCCGGGGGAAAACCUAUUAUGUUAUACACCGGAAUUGACACUGAAAACCGCCAAGUCCAGAACUUGGCCUUCCCCAAGGACUUAUCAGAUCCCUAUCUCAGAGAAUGGGUCAAGCACACCGCUAAUCCAAUCAUCAGCCUGCCGGAAGAGAUUCAACCGGAUGAUUUCAGAGACCCGACCACCGUCUGGCUUGCAGAAGACGGGAAAUGGAGAUUACUCGUCGGAAGUCAGAGAGAUAAGACCGGAAUCGCGUUUCUUUACCAUUCUGACGACUUUGUUAAUUGGACUAAAUCAGAUUCGCCAUUUCAUAAAGUUUCUGGGACCGGAAUGUGGGAAUGUCCUGAUUUCUUUCCUGUGUGGGUUGAUAGCACAAAUGGUGUGGAUGCAUCUGUCAUCAACCCUAGCAAACGGGUAAAGCAUGUGUUGAAACUGGGAAUACAAGAUCAUGGAAAAGACUGCUACUUGGUCGGGGAAUACAGUCCAGAGAAAGAACACUAUGUUCCCGAAGAUGAAUUAACGACUACUACUUUGAGGCUUGAUUACGGGAUUUACUACGCUUCCAAAUCGUUUUUCGAUCCUGUGAAAAAACGAAGGAUCAUGACUGCUUGGGUGAACGAGACUGAUUCUGAAGCUGAUGUUAUCGCUAAAGGAUGGUCAGGAGUUCAAGCGUUUCCGAGGAGUAUUUGGCUCGACAAAAACCAGAAGCAGCUCCUACAAUGGCCUAUCGAGGAAAUCGAGAUGUUACAUGAAAAUGAAGUAAGUUUUCAAAAUAAGAAGCUUGAAGGUGGUUCGUUACAUGAAAUUCAGGGUAUCACUGCUUCUCAGGCUGAUGUGAAGAUUUCGUUCAAACUGGCUAAUUUAGAAGACGCUGAAGAAAUGGACGCGAGUUGGGUUGAUGAUCCACAGCUUAUCUGCAGCGAAAAUGAUGCAUCAAAGAAAGGCAAAUUUGGACCCUUUGGGCUGUUGGCUUUGGCUUCCAACGACUUGACCGAACAAACUGCAAUCUUUUUUAGGGUUUUAAGAAAAAACGGACGAUAUGUCGUGGUAAUGUGCAGUGAUCAAAGCCGGUCAUCCACGAAGGACGGGAUUGACAAAACGAAAUAUGGAGCAUUUCUGGACGUAAAUCCUCAACAAGAUGAAAUUUCACUCAGAACCUUGAUAGAUCACUCGAUCGUUGAGAGCUUUGGAGGAGGAGGAAAGACUUGCAUAACAGCUAGGGUUUACCCGACAUUAGCCAUCGGAGAAGAAGCUCGACUUUUCGUCUUCAACUACGGAACUGAAAGUGUGGUGAUCUCUGAGCUGAGUGUAUGGAGUUUGAAGAAAGCUCGAUUGAACGUUGAAAAACCCUAAGCUGCAUGUACAGAUCGAUAAUCUAAAGAAGAUGCACACGUACAUGAAGGUGGUUUUAAUAAUUUGGAAGCAAGCUAAUCUGCCUAGAGGAUUUGAGUAUUUA